AUGGCCGGCCUCAAGGAUAUCACUCACUCGUCCGAGGAGACAGGUGUCGCAUCAGAGCGGCAGCCUGAAGCGCCUCCUCUCGACCGCAAGUACCUUCGUGCUAGCCACGACUACCAACCCGAACAUACUACCAUCUCCGGGUCCUCGGGUGGCAUCUCCAUCACCGCACCUCUACGAGAAGGCGACAUCGUUCUCAUACAUCUCACUCAUCCGAACGGCUGGGCUGAUGGUACCAUACUCUCCACCGGCACUCGAGGCUGGAUACCUACCAACUACUGUCAGAUUUACGAUCCUCGGCCGAUGCGAUCUCUCCUUCAUGCAUUAACCAGAAUGUGGGAUUACUUGAGCUUGGGUGCAAACGACAAGACUCUGUUCGAGGACAGGCAAGAUUAUGUUCAAGGCCUUGUAGCUGGUGUUCGACGCUUGCUGGAACACUGCGACUGUCUACACAGAGAUGAUGCCAUGAUCAAGAGACAUAUUGCUUUGAGACGAACUCGAAAAAGUCUCUUGGCAGAUCUUUCUGGUCUUUUGAAAAAUCGCGAGAAGAUACACAACACCUUCUCCGACUCUUCUGAUGCCGUUGUAUGGUCGAACGUUAACGAAUACUUGUCCAACGCUUUCAAAAUAGCAUGCAGAGGUGCUCGCUUCCUCGAUAUUUGGGCCCAAAGCACUUCGCCGAAGCAAAGACGAUCAAGCACGCGUCACAGCGAGGUCUUCCAAAGCCCUCGAACUGCAAGGACCUUGUUGCAUGCAGGACUUUCGUCCUCUCCUUUGCCGGAUGUCGACGAGGACUCAAUCCGACCAUCCCAUCCCAAUCUGGCCAAGAAGACUCCAAGGCUUCAGCUCCGAGUUCUUGAAUAUGACGAGAUCUCCCAAAACUCGAAGGUUGUUGACGAGCAGUUUGGCCCGGAGCUGACCUCAGAAGAAAUGUGUCAAGUGUUUUCGUAUGACACACCGUCACAAGUGCAAUCGUCGCCUAUCGCUUCAGGUCCGGUGCCUGCGGUCAUGAGUACGCUCGCUUUGACUGAAGGAAACAUGUCUGAUCUGGCAUCUGAACGUCUCACGGCCGCUCAUGAACAGUUCUUGGGCGAUAUCGGUGCCUUCAUUGGCCUCCACCUUCAAUCUAGAGCGUCUCUGGAUCUGGCAACGACGACAAGACUUUCGAUAAAAGCAGCUGAAGAGUUGCUGGUAACUGUCGGUAAAGUAUCAGAGCGGAAUACCAGUCGAUGUCAAGGCAUUGCAGUAGCCUCGGAGAAUAUGAGGGUGAAACUCAAGAUACUCGCAGAGACUGCAAAUCGCUUGUGCAGGAUUCCCGCAGACUCGAACGACCCCGAAAUUAUAGGAGUUGUGGGUCCAGAAGAUGGUCGAGGACUUGUGGCUGCAGCAACCGCUUGCGUCCGCGCCGCAGGUGACUGCACCGCAAAAACGCGAAAAUUUCUUGAUUAUACAAGUGGUGACUUCUUCCUUUCAUCUGGCACCUCUCAAGGACAGCAUGAGGAGUCUGGCCCUGGUCGUUUAAUCGAACACGUGGAACCACCUGGGNAGAUUACCACCGGUAAUUGGUCGGAUGCCGCUGCCGGUGCCGCUAACCCGCAACAUCGCAAUUCAACCGAGACUAACCUUGCUAUACGAGGCUUACCACAGAGACCUCCAUAUCUAUUGCGCUCAAACACCGAUGAUACCAACGAUUUCACACUCUCUACGGUCUUUUCGGAUGCGAAUAUGCGCAGGCCCAAUCCUUCUCCACCACUGAUAACAUGUGAUACGCCCAUCUCACCCACUUCACUAACAGCAUCCGAGCCACCAUUACAGUCACCACCACCACCUGCAGAUGAGUCACCAGAACAAUACCAGCAGGACCACAAGGAACACUGGAUCCCACCACCGGACAGAAAGGGGAGCCUCGGAAUGUCGACGACAGAGAGCUCGAGCGCCUAUCAAGACAGUUUGAGAAACUCGCUCGCCAGUGUAACCUCACCAACAUCGACCAGGGCCACGACACCCGACCGAUACCAGCGACAUGUCCGGGCCAAUCCAAGUCUUUGUACUCAUGGCAGUGUGUUGAGUGUCGCGACGACCGCUAACGGCAGUGAGCACGAUGCCGAAGUCCUGAUGAGGUCAUAUGCUCAUGAGUUGCUGUACAACAAAGAUGGACAGAUUGUUGGUGGAACGCUAGCAGCGCUCGUCGAGAAACUCACAAGUCAACAUGGUCCACCAGAACCUGAGUACAACACGGCUUUCCUACUUACAUUCCGUCUCUUCACCAAUGCUGUGGAGCUGACGCAGGCACUGAUUACUCGGUAUGAAUACGCUGGAGACUGCAAUACGGACAGUUCUCCUGCACGUCUUAGGGUGUAUAAUUUCUUCAAGACCUGGCUCGAGUCCCACUACCUGGCUGAAAGCGAUGCGCCCGCCUUGGAGAUGAUACACAGAUUUGCGGUCGAACGACUGAGUCUCCAGUUUUCGGGACCAGGCCAACGUCUGGCUGGACUAACCAAGAUUGCCUCCCAAAUCGAAGUAACCAGCGUGGAGAAUCAGUUGGUUUCUGCUAUCGGCAAGACCUGCGUUGCGCUGGAAAGUGAAUAUGAGAAAACCAUCAUACCUCAUGCCAAUAUCAACAAGGAGCAGCUGUAUCUUCUGACGGGUGCUUUCCCUACCAGAAAACUCACUCUCUUGGACUUGGACGCUGUCGAGGUUGCUAGACAACUCACUAUCAUAGAGUCGAAGAGAUUCUGUGCUAUAUUACCUCACGAGUUGCUCGGUCUCGAGUGGACGAAGAAAAAUGGACAAGCCGAAAACGUCUUAGCCAUGUCAAAGUUUUCGACAAAUCUCACCAAUCUUGUUGUCGACACCAUACUUGGUGCUCAUCAAAUCAAGAGACGCGUCGCUGUUCUCAAGCAUUGGAUCAAGAUCGCCAAGCAGUGCCUCGAUAUCGACAACUACUCGGCUCUCAUGGCAAUUUCCUGCUCUCUCACCACCUCGGCAAUCUCUAGACUUCGUCAGACAUGGGAUCAGCUACCACCCAAGACAAACGCCAUCUUCGAGGAAAUUAAGGAGGUAGUUGAUGUAUCACGAAACUACGCAGCUCUCAGACACCGUCUGCAAACACCAAAAGCGCCGUGUCUACCAUUCGUGGGCAUGUAUCUUACCGAUCUUACCUUUGUGGAUGCUGGCAAUUCGAACACUCGGCCUCUGCCCAGUGACAACGACUAUGGCACUGAAACGAAGAUGGUAAUUAAUUUCGACAAACAUAUGCGUUCGGCGCGAAUUGUGAGUCAUCUGCAGCGUUAUCAAGUUUCCUAUCGUCUCCAACACGUACGCGAGAUACAGGACUGGUUAGAGAUACAGCUCGAGCGUGUGGAUACGAGCGAUCAAUGUACUGUGAUGAGCUUCUGGCGGCGCAGUCAGGCACUGGAGGCACGCAGAAAAGAAGAAGAGCGCCCUGGAACAGCAGACGCAAGAGAAAAGACGUUCAGCAGUGGCUUCAUGGGCAGUAUGCUUCGACCACGGACAAAGGCCAGUACAACCGGACUCAACUCAUUUUUGCACCGGGUCAAAACAGGAGGACCAAGUCACUCCGCGGAGUGA